CCAAAAUCCAAAUCACCAUGACCCAAAACGGCGACGCCCCUACUCCCUUCCCCCGAUUCGACGUCGUUCCGGACCACUCGGACCACGCCUACGCCGCCGUCUCCAGCAAGAAACAAAACUACGACGGAUCAGUCCACAAGACCAUCAUGAAAGAGUGGCGGGUCCUCGAGAACAACCUCCCGGACUCCAUCUUCGUGCGCGUGUACGACACGCGCAUCGAGCUUCUCCGCGCCGUCAUCGUCGGCGCCGCCGGGACUCCCUACCACGACGCGCUCUUCUUCUUCGACAUUAAGUUCCCGCCCGAUUACCCGACCCGGCCCCCCAUUGUGCACUACCGGUCAUACGGGUUGCGGGUCAACCCGAAUCUCUACGCGAGCGGGUACGUCUGCCUCAGCCUGCUCAACACCUGGAUCGGGAAGAAGCGGGAGAAGUGGGACCCGGCCCAGUCCACGGUUCUCCAGGUUCUGCUCUCGAUCCAGGCGCUGGUUCUGAACGAGAAGCCGUAUUUCAACGAACCGGGUACCGGGUCGCCGGGCGGGUCGGGUGUAGAGAAGCGGUCGCGGGCGUACAAUGAGGACGCGUUUGUCUUGACGUGCAAGACGACGCUGUAUUCGCUCCGGAAUCCGCCCAGGAAUUUCGAGGCGUUUACGGCGGUGUUUUUCCGGGAGAGGGGGAGUCGGAUUCUGAGAGCGUGCGGCGCGUACGUGAACGCGCGAGUGGGAGUUGGGUGCUACAGAGAUGAAGGCGAGCUUGAAACUUCUACGCAGAAGCCGAGGGUAGUUUGGGACGUUUCGAAGAAAUUUAAGGCGUCAAUGCAGGAGCUGUAUCCGCAACUUGUACAAGUUUUCAAGAAGAAUGGGGCUCUUGAUUUGGUUGAGGUGUUGGAGGUGGAGGCUAAAACGACGCCGGUUAAGGUGGAGGCUAAAACAAAGACGGUGAAGGUUCGAGUUGACAAGAAAGCUAAGAUUGGCAUUGCUAAGAAGGUUAUUGGGAAAUUGAGGAAGUUUUUGGGACUGAGCAAGAAGAAGAAUCAGAAGAUGGAAAAGAGUGAUGAGAAGAAGGAUGUCAAUGCUGGAGUGGCUGUGGGAUGUUGA